GUCCGUGGGAGAUGUGUCUGUCGCUUUUUCGCCGCCGGCACGUACGCACGCAAGGACGCACCGGUGUUGUUCGCGCACGUUGCUCUCGUCUUCAAAUAAUAUAACAAUCCUCGUUAUAGGACAAUCGAACGAACGAUUCUCGUCGUCCACGUUUUCCUUGAAAACGAUCGCAGAGAUUUUUCCUCUUUUUUUUUUUUCUCGCCCUCCCCUCAAAUCGACGAGAAGAAAGGAAAAACAACAAAGAUCAUCGUCGUCGUUCGUUUACAUUAUCGUUUACAUCCCUCGCGGGAAGCGCCAAACGACUCGCGUGACUUUUUCUCCUCUCGUUUAUCUCAAAGGAUAUAAUAAUAUUUAAGAGGACUCGAAUAUUUUUUGAGGAAAGGAAAAGGGAGAAAGAAAAUUUCGUAUUCGGAGUGUGAUAGAACAGACCAGUAACAGAACGGACGAGCGAGAGUAGGUUGCUCGAGAGAGAAAAGGUGCAUCGAGGGACGAAGAAGUUUUAAGUGCGACGGAUAUUCAACUACGACGUCCAUCUUUGAUUUUUUACGAUUUAUUAUUAUACCGUGAAAGACGACGGGCAAAACGGGUUCCAAGUAUAAUUUCAAGAAUUGAAGAAAGGAUGAUGAAAAGAAUAAAGGUUGAAGAGUUAUUACCGUGAGAGAAAGAGAGAGAGAGAGAGAGAGAGAAAGAGAGAGGGAGAGAGAGAGAGAGAGAGAUGAGAGAGAAAGAGUGAGAAAGAGAAGGAGAAACGACUGAAAGUGUCGAAGGUUUUUUUGUUCGAGCGACUACGAAGGGCGACGAAGGAAAACGAAGUUCGGGCGAAUGUAUAAAGGGGUGAAAGAGAGGAAAGAGAGGAAAAAGAGAUAGAGAAAGGCUGAGGAAGGAAAUAGAAAUAUAGAGAUUCGUGGUUCCGGUUAGUUUCUACUAGUGUGUCACGUGACCUUAUAAAGGAUAUUUACUGUGCUUCGUGUUUUUUUUUUUUUACGACGAUCGUGCUUGCUUUCUCUUCGUCGUCCUGUUGAGAAAAGAGAAAAAGAGGCUCUGGCUUUAUUUCUUCGUUUAAGAGACAUCAAGACUACUUCUUUAUUGAAAUCUGCGUUCUACUUGGAAAAUGUAGUGUGCUACGUUGAACGAGUACGAAAGGACGAAGAAGAGAAGACGGUCAAGUUACGUCGUACGAAUCACACCGGAUUGCAAAAUCGGUGCAUACUGAAGCAGAGAGGGCUGUGAUGAGGGAAGCAGGCUAGAAGGAAGAUCCUGUCGCGCAAGCGCCGGUAGGAGCACAAGAAAGAUGCCGCCAUCCUCGAGAGCCUUAUUAAGCCCGGUGCUGCUUCUAAUCUUCGCAGGAAGCAUCGGUGCCUUCAACUCGCGACAAGGAGAAUGUACGUUUCCACCGCGUUGGGAAGGCACCUGGUUUCAAAGUGGCGUGAGGCAAUCGAUUGUAAUAUCCAGGAAUGAGCUUUCCAGUAAAGGCAGGUGUCUCCACAAUGAGGGGGACAAAUUCCUUUUAGUCGACAUGAAAUCCUGCUACCGCUGCGUCGUCAUUCACGAGAAGCACUCCAAUGUUCUCCAGUACAAAGAGACUUACUGCCACACUAGAAACUCCUUGUCGUCUUUAUGCUCGUACAUCACCGGCGAUGCGCUCCUGUACUCAAUGUUUCGCGAGGAGGCACUCCCAGUACCAUGUCCCUUUCGAGGACCAAUGACCUUCUCGUAUAAUCGGGGUCAUGGUACUUGCUCGAUUCCACAAAGCAACGUCGACACGUGCACGGACGACAGUCGACUCCUUUUCAGGUAUCAGGCCUGUCCUGAUGUUUCCGCUUCUGAAAGUGCCGUGGAGGAGCUCGAGUGCCUGGCCACAUGGAAGGAGGGUAGCAGCCGGUACCUCGUCGGCCGUUUACAUCACAACCACGCGUCGAGCAACGAAGAUCGAUACCGAUGCUUCGUCUACGAGAAGGCCAGUCAGACGGUGCAGGGCAAUCUAAACAGAGCUGCCAUGGGCAUGGGCGCCAUGCAUCAUGACGUCGCCCUACCGAGUGGACCGGUGCCCGAGGGCGCGGCCGAAAUAUACCGGGUGGCUCAGAGUGGUGAUGCUACUUGCAAUGGCCUCUCCAGUCCUAUGGAGGGCUCUAGAACAAUGACCUUGAAGAAAGUCUCAUCACCAGGCGAAUGCCGUUUCCCGAGCUGGCUGACUGGUCAUAGUAGCGGAGGACUCACAUGGCACACACUAGAUCUCGCAAGAUCCUAUACCUUUCAUCCUAGAAACGCUUCCCUUCACGUAGCUCGAUCAAACGGUAGUUCCUCCAGGUUCGACGGUGGCUCUUUGGAUGGACAGUAUAUUCCUGGACAAGAGGAUCAAGAUGUGAAAAUUCUUUGCAAUAGUAUAAAACAAUCGAACGCUGCUCCGGGCAUGAUAAUGAUCAUGCUUGUUGCCCAUUUCACAGUUGGAUGCCGGAGCGGUUAUAUGUGCAUGGCAUUUUAUCGAAGAGACGGUCACGUUAUAGAGGUACAAACAGGAAGUGCCAUUUCAAGACCGGAAGAAGCCUGCAGUCCACCACAUUUUCAACACAGUAUACCCUACCUCACAUUAGUUACGAGUUCACCGGAACUACGCCAAUGUCCUUACCUUGGUAAAUUCACGGUAACCGGAGUUAACCAUAAUCAGAGAAACACUCGUGAAAGUCGUAGAAAUCAACAUCAAGAGUCUCUGACGAGCAGACACGAGGGUGAAAAGGUUAGACAUGCUCAGGAACGGAUAGUCGAGGACCGUCGUGGUCGAAGUAAAAUCGAUUUUGAACUUGAAAAGAGACGAGCGAACAACGAAUAUCUCGUGCGUGAGCGAAUGGGUAGACGGGCCAGAUCGAAUCGUAAUAACAGAAGUCACAGAGAUCAACAGGAGUCCUCUUCUUCGACAAGAUUAGUUUCAGAAUCACAGGAGUUGGUUCAUAGGGAACACGUUUCGCAUUUAAAGACGAAAAAACGAGAGAAAAUUUCGGACGAGCUUGAUAACGAAGAAGAUGGUGAUGAUGGAUCGAGCAGAUCGAAGAGAAAUUCGAAAAUGACGGAUUUCUUGGAAGACUUUACCGAGUUCGCUCAUAUGAAACAAUUCUGGAUGCCGAACUUCGACGACGUGGGAAAGUCGGCCAUUUUAGAAGUCGACGACGACGAAUACUUCGGGGAUUAUCCUGAUACCAAGAAAGCACCGAAGAAGAGAUCGUCCCAAGGCAUUCGAUCUUACAAGAGCAUGUCCUUUGCGGAUCUCACGAGGAUGCGACGAGACCUCGAGAAUCUUGUACACGAAGAAGAAAUUACGAGCGAGACCAGAGAGAAGAGAGAGGAGGUUGAAUCAAGAUGCAAUGCUGAGAUCACCACUCUUACAGUUGGCUGUUCUACCGCAGACAGAAUGGAGUUUCAAAGCGACUGCGUGGAUGAGGAUGCAGUUACCGCUUACUCCUGCCAUGGAAGGUGGAUAGAUGCGGAGGGUACUCAAUUCGUGAUCGCGACCCCACUCGCGCGCAGAACAACGUGGUCGAACGAUAACAACAGGCCGCAGCCCUACAGGAACACCCAAAGAUUGUGCUUCAUGUACAAAGAGAGCGGUGGGGUUGUUAGUUUAACUGCCAGCCCCGUGGCGUGUCAAAGAGGCAUCCCUCCACCCGCACCGAUGUUGGCCUUCAACGCGACCAGCACCGGUCAGUGUAUGGAGGAGAACAACGGGCAGAUGCAUCGAGCGACGUACCUGACGAUACUCCUGUUGACGGCGGUGGUCGUGAUAUUUAGGUGAUUCUAAUCGAAAAGAUGACGACGACGACGACGACGACGACGACGACGACGAGAACGACGAGAACGACGAGAACGACAACGACGACGACGAAGACGACGACAACGACGACGACGACGAUUUUCGAGAGAAGCGUUGAACGACCUUCGUGGGAAAAUGUUUUAUCGACGAGGAUGCCGAGCGACGAGGGAAAAAAAAAAGAAGAAGGCAGAGCGAGAGAGACCGCCUCUGGCGCGAAGCAACGGCAGCGAUCGUUCGAACGUCGAGGCCAAUGGAAAAAGAUGGUGGAAGAGAGGUGGAGAAGGAGGAGGAGGAAGAGGAAGAAGUACAGGGUGCCCUGCUGCUGGUGAAAGAGGAAGGAGACGUGGGACGGAGAAGAGGAAGAAAGAAUCGAUUCACCGGCUUUGACUGCCUUCGGUCGAUAGGUCCUGCCAAGUCUUCUAUCUCUUUCUCUCUCUCUCUCUCUCUCUCUUUCUCGCUUUCAUUCACUCUCCUUCUCUCUUUCUCUGUCUCUUCCUUUCUCUCUCUCUCUCUCUCUUUCUCUCUCCCCCCUCCCCUCUCUCUCUCUCUCUCUCUCUCUCUCUAUCUAUCUAUCUCUCUUUCUCUCUGUCAGGAGAAAUUCGUGCUCGUACGAUCAUCGUUUUGGGAGUAAAGGGAAAAGGAGAGGAAGAGGAGAAGGAGGAGGAGAAGGAGGAGGAGGAGGAGAAGAUAAAGGGGAGAGAAUCAGCUCGACCGCCAGAAGGUACAAACUCCGCACACUAUCGUCGACCGUCGAUCCUUUGAGGCGAGCCGGUGAUCUUCGAUCCGUGAACGAAAGGAUAAGGAUGCACCCGGAGAACGUGUGGACUCUUUUUCCUUACUACGGUCAAACGAACGAACGAUGAGAGAGUAAGAAAUAGAAUGAGAGAGAGAGAGAGAGAGAGAGAGAGAGAGAGUAAGAGGAACAGAAAUAGAGAGAGAAAGAGAGAGGACCAGCUGUAUGUACAAGCGAGAAAAUACGCGUUUUCCUUCGUCUCUCGACACUUCUCGCCAAUACGGCCAGUAGCUUUUUUUACCGACACGUUGUGUACACAUGUAGCUCGUAGUAAACGCGCGCGUGCUAGAUAAUUAAAGUCCUCGAUAAGAGAAGAAAAGGAUGAACGAACGAACGAACGGUUUACCGUGGUCGGACCAUAUCAAAGCGAGGCAAGGAUCGGUCGAUCGUUCGUUCUGUUUCUUUCUUUUUUGGACACGAAGGAUUACGCGUGGAAAGAGAGUAGAAAGAGAAAACGGGAGAGUAGGAGAAAGAGAGAGAGAGAGAGAGAGAGAGAAAGAAUGAGGGACCGAUCGUGAAACGAAAUAUAAGCGCGGUAAUCUCGUUCUAGCUAGUAAGCCAAGCGACGAGGCGGGCUCGUUAUCUUCUAAGGUAGGAACUACAUAGACAGAGAGACUAUCCUUGAUAAAAGCAGAGACGACGACGGGCAAUUUACUCUGCAAACGUUUCCCUCCUGGAAUCACGGUGCUCGCCAGACUUCUCCAUCUUUUAUAUAUAUAUAUAAACCCACUUUAGGCGACGUAGGCGCCUUUAAUUUAUAAUUAUAUAUGUAUAUGUAUAUAUAUAUAUAUAUGUAUAUAUAUAUAUAUACAUCCAAGAAAUGUAUUUAUCCAUCCAUGGCUUGCCUAGGAGAGGAUGUCAGAAGAAAACCGCCGAAACCGAUGGAGAAUCGUGAGCGUACUAUAUCGGCACGAGAUCAAAUUCCAUGACCUUUCGUUGUGUGUAUGUUUGUGUAUAUGUGUCUAUGUGUGUAUUGACAGUGGAAACGAAUUUUAGAGUAAAUCGCCCUACGACGAUUGAAAAGUGGCGAUUUCUUCUCAAACGCCAAGGAUAAUUUUAAUGUUUUUGCCUGUAUAAAAAGAUUAUUAUAAAGCGACGAGGGCUAUGUAAGAACAAGUGAUUCAACGCAAUACAACCUACUCGAUAAUACAUAUAGGAAAAUGACUAUUUUAUGCGACUAAUAGGAUGAGAGAGAGAAAUGAUAGAUAGAAAGAGAGAGAGAGAGAGAGAGAGAGAGAUACGAACCAUGUGAAAGGACAAUGAGAAGGGGACAGAGAAAGAGGUGAGAACGAUAAGUGAUGUGAAAUAGAAGUUAAAGAAGAGGAAGAAAAAUUUGAAAAAUUUUAUACUUCGCUGCACAUUUAUAUGUCGUCGUAUAACUGUGAUCGAUUUUUUUUUUCUUUCCGACGAGUUCGCCUAAAACAGAAGAGAGAAAGAGAGAAAGAAAGAGAGAGAGAGAGAGAUAUAUAUAUAUAUAUAUAUAUAUAUAUAUAUAAAGAGAUAUAAAGAGCCAAAGAAUAGAGAAGAUUUAUUCUUGCAUCUCUAAUCCGCGUUGCGAAUCUCUUCUAAACUCUUUCUCUCAUAUCCCUCCGACUCGACCUCGAUGCGAUCGCGAACCUUUUCAUUUCUAUAUUUUCUUGUAGAGAGAAAGAAAGAGAGAGAAAUAAAUAAAGGAAAGGAAAAGAAAGAGCAUAGGGAAAGAUUUUGUUUUCGCAAGGGCACCGAGGUCUCUCCCUUUUCUUUCUUUUUUUUUUUUUUUUUUUUCUUUCUUAUAGCGUAAGGAAUAAGCAAUAAAAAACGCGCAAUGGCUGAACGCUCGAUAAAAGAGAGAGAGAGAGAAAGAGAGAAAAUAAAAAAAGGAAUAAAAAAAAUAAAAGCGGCAAUUAAAUGGCGUAAACGAUUAAUCGUAUUUACGAGAGGUAACUCGACGACCUUCGUAGAUAUAUUGAUCGGGAGAAAUGAUUAUAUAUCUAUUGUGUACCGAUUUUCCCUUGAAUUCGGAUUGAAUCUAUUUGCGAAAUGAAAAAAGCUUCGAAGGAGACGGCGACGUAAGGAACGGGCGAAUGCAAACGAUAUUAUUGUAACUAAUACAGAGUCUAUAUAUUAUAUUAUUGUACAACCAUCUUUGUAAUAAUUAACCCAAACCGAGUGACGAGAGGAUAAACAAAAGGAGGAGACGUGCAAUGAGAACAUUUGACAAUGAAGAGAAAACAUGAGAGUGUUCGUAUGCGUGUGCGUGUAUGUGAUUUUAUGUGAGAAAGAAAGAGAGAGAAAAAGAGAGAGAGAGAGAGAGAGAGAGAGAGAGAAAGAGAGAAAUGGAAUGCGACCGAAAUAGAGGAUGGCACAGUGAAACAUAAAAAGAAAAAAAGCCAAUCGCUAUUUUACCACUUUUUCAAUCGCGUUAUCGUAGUUUGUAUACUAUUAAACUUUUCUUCGAUUUAUCGUUAAUUACGUAAACGAAAACCAUCGUCGGACGUUCCGCGAAUAAAUCCUCGUGUUUAAAUGAAAUUGCAAUUUAUCUUCCCUAAUGUAAACAUCUUAUUUACUUAACAUUUUCCAUUCGUAGUUUGUUUAUCUUCUCGAACGUUAUUUUUCCUUUGCCAAACUUUCAUGUCAUUCUAAUUACUUUUACAUCAAUCGAAACUUUAACGUCCUUCGUAAUAUUCGAUAUUGUAACAGACAAAUUAAAAAUUGAUUUACAAAGGAUGAAACGUAAUAAUUAACGACGAUGGUUUUUUUGAUCCAGUUUUGUGAUUUCGUGGUUCUUCGAUGAUAAAGGAACCUAAUCGAGAUUAAUUUUCUUUUUUUUUUUUAAUCUCCUCGAGUACCUCGGUACUACACAUGACGAAUAAAAUCUCUUUAUUGUUAUUGUAUCGUCAUAUUGCGCACACAGAAGAUGAAAGGAAAGAAAAAAAAAAAAAGAAAAAAA